CCGGAUAUUGUCGACUCAAUUCGGAGCAACCACCGCGCGAGGAUGCUGGUGUCGCGCCGCAUGCGCUGCGUCCAUGCGGCGGCAUCGUUUCCCCGCUGCUUCCGUGCAAUCCACAAGACGGUUGAGAAGCGACCACUGACUGCCUCGCAACAACAUGGCCAUCGUGAGUAUGCGUUCCACACACCAGCCGGGUCGAGGUCACGGACGCUGGAACUCAUGGCGUCGUCAACGCCAUCCCUGGCAGAGUCGAUCCGAAAUAUCCCAUUGCUUCUUGAAGACUUGUUCCUUCCGCGCGACCAUACCACGUCAACAAGUCCAGACUAUCUGCCAUAUGUCAGAUACCAGUUCAUCGCGAGCGUCGCUGGCUCGACGUGCGGGGUCCUCUCGAUGCAAUCGCUCUUAUUCGCGAUCGGUCUCCAGAGCGGCGCGAUUCCCAUGGCAGCCGCGCUCAAUUGGGUCAUCAAGGAUGGGUUGGGGCAGUUUGGUGGUGUCCUGUUCGCAAGCCUCGUCAACCAUCGCUUCGACGCAGACCCCAAGCGGUGGCGCAUGGUGUCGGCCUUUGCCAUGGACGCAGCGACCCUCGUCGAAAUCCUCACCCCGCUCUGUCCGGCCUACUUUUUGCCCAUGGCUGCGACAGCCAACGUGGCCAAAAACAUCUCGUGGUUGUCGUCGAGCGCAACCCGCGCCGGGUUUCACUACUCGUUUGCGCAGAAAGAAAACCUGGCCGACAUCACAGCCAAGGCUGGAUCGCAGUCGAUCGCGUCGUCGAUUGUGGGGACAGCGCUGGGCAUUGCGAUCUCGCCAAUUGUCGGUAGUGCGACCGCCAACGUCGCCGCGGCGUUCGGCGUGCUCUCCGCCAUCCACUUGGUGUCGAUCUACAAGUCGCUCUCGAUCGUGGCUCUGCACACGUUGAACCAACAACGUCUCCACUUGGUCAUCGACCACUACUGGCAAGGACAUGACCGCUCGACCACCCAUCUUGCCAACGAGAACCCGAUUCUGUCCCCGAGCGAGGUCAGCGCGAACGAAGCGUUUGUGCUGCGGUUCCAGUCGGGGUACCCCAGUCGAUUCCAACGAACCAGCGUCGCCUUGAGCUCCCGCUUGGACAAGCUGCGCUUGGAAACGCUCGACACAUUUGCAAACGAGCGGUAUCUCCUCCAAGUAGACGACGACGUAGCCUCGAGGCGUGGAGCUCGCGUUGUGCAUUUGCUUUUGCAUGCCGACGCCACCAGCGUCGACGUGUUGAAGGGCCACUUGCAUCUCGUGCGACUACGCAUGUUGCUCGAAGAUGGACAUCUGAGCCCCGCGGCAGCCAUGGAGCAGAGCCGGCACGACGUGCACAGGGCGGUGCAGUCGACUCACGUUAGGACAAGCGUCGCCGACCACUUUAUCAAUCACAUGCUCGACAGCGACUGGCAUUGCGACCACUUGCUUGUCGAGGAAACUGUCGCGCGGUAUCGCAUCCAUGCCGCCGACACCAACGCGCGUCAACCAGAAUAACAUGGGUGUUUAUGGCGAAAAAGGUUGAAGAAGACCGAUUGUCAUCCCGCUUGGAUUGCGCUCGCGGCAGGGAAGCUGUUGGAGCUUUGUAGGUUGUUCAGCAUGGUAAUACAAUGCGUAUCGCUGGUGAUGUGGACUGAAUGGAUGGCAUUCGAGGAUCCGCCUGGACGUGCCGCGCUGCUUGGGGAAAGUCGUGGACAAUGGCG